CCCUCUACCGCUGCACGAGUGCACAGCCGUUGACGCGUUCAGGUGGAUUUAAUGGAAUAAACCCGACGUAAAUGGGUUUAUUACCACGUCUACACUCGCUCUUCCUUCAGACCUUUACCUCGACAGACUGUUGUGGAUGGACUAUAUCAGUGACGCCACACAAAACCCCCUUACUAACGUCUAGUCAGCGGCCAUCGCUCAAUCAUUGACGCUGGAGGAACCCUUGAUCUACUCCUGCAAUGGCAGUGUUUAGUCACCAGGUGAUUCUUGCAGUCACAAGAUCAAGGGGAUCGUAUUUGUUAGCCAAGCGAAAGAGCUGCUCCACCUUUUCCUCCAAAGCCUAUCUCCACAUCGACCCUCCUCGUGUAAUCUCCACACCGUACCCUACCAGACACUCCCGAUAUAGCUACCCUCACCGAAACAACGCUUUGAACUGCCAUCAUGGUGCCACUCUCCUCGUUCGGUCGCUGCACAGCUCCAAUGUUUGGCAUCAAGACAUUAAAUCUGAAGACACCAAAACCACCUCUGCCAGUCUGGAUGAUGUAUCAGUAGCGAAAACCAGCUCUGGAGAAUCUGCACUUCAACCUCCUUCAACUCCCAGUACCCCAGCUGCAACUCCGGCAGUGCUGGAAAAGGCCGUAGUUAAAAAGGCUCUCCAUCUCAGAAUUGUGGAUGAGCUGAAGCACUAUUACAAUGGCUUCAGGUUACUGGGGAUUGACAUAAAGACGGCAGGCAGGAUGGUCUGGAGGCUGCUGCACGGACAAGUUCUGACUCGUAGGGAGAGAAGACGGCUGAUGAGGACCUGUGCGGACCUCUUUCGUCUGGUGCCCUUCAUGGUGUUCAUCAUCGUCCCCUUCAUGGAGUUCCUGCUGCCGGUCUUCCUUAAACUCUUUCCAGAAAUGUUGCCGUCGACCUUUGAGACCGAGUCCAAAAAGGAGGAAAAACAGAAGAAAGGUUUGGCUGCUAAGUUGGAGCUAGCCAAGUUCCUCCAGGAGACCAUUGCUGAGAUGGCUCGACGAAACAAGGCCAAGGCUCAGACGGAGGAUGAGACCCAGCGCUUCUCCACAUACGUCCAACAGGUGCGGGGCACCGGAGAGCAGCCCACCACCAAGGACAUAGUCCGCUUCUCCAAGCUGUUCGAGGACGAGCUGACGCUGGAGCACCUAGAGCGCCCCCAGCUGGUGGCUCUGUGUAAACUGCUGGAGCUGCAGCCCAUCGGCACCAACAACUUGCUGCGUUUCCAGCUGAUGAUGCAGCUCAGAACCAUCAAAUCCGAUGAUGAGAUGAUUGCAGCAGAGGGCGUGGCUGCCAUGAGUGUGUCGGAGCUGCAGGCGGCGUGUCGUAGUCGAGGGAUGAGAUCACUGGGUCUGACCACAGAUCAACUGCGUGUGCAGCUGCAGCAGUGGCUGGACCUGCACCUAAAGGAGAACGUUCCCCCGUCACUGCUGCUGCUCUCCAGAGCCAUGUACCUCACCGACCUGAAACCCAAACCCCCUGUCAUCCCACCUGUACCCAAACUAGAGAAAACUCCACCUCCUGCAGAAAACAAAACUCCGAACACUACAUCAGUGGGCACAGACAUGCUGGCCGAUCCUGCAAACAUAAUCAAAGACAGACCAGUGGAGGAGUUGAGGGAUCCCGCUCAUGGAGUCUCAGACAAACCUCUGACUGCAGCUGAAGUUCUCCAGGCGAAAGCUGCCACAGAAGUUUCCCACAAGAGCAAGAUGAGUGCCAACGGCAUCUGAUAAGACUACGCAUGUCUAGCUUCCAGUCACCGUGGCUGCGGACGUCACCGGGACAGGUUUUCUGGCAGGUGCUCUGCACCACCCACUGAACUCCCACAGAGGGUGGACAACCCAUUGUUAUUUUUUUUGUUUUAAUUUUCUCUGCACUCCUCACUUCCUGACCUCAUGCUCCUCCUGUACAGUUGUGAAUCUGUACAUUUUUCCUUCUCGGACCCGCAGCGCCAGCUUCUGGUGCGUUCAAGGAUUUAACCUUGUCACGUCCAGCGCUGACAAGUACUGAAGACUAGUGUUGAAGACAAGAGAGGACACUCCUUACACCCACUGUGGUGUCGCACACUGGUAGUUCAACCACUGAGAGGACCGUCGCUCAAUGUAACGCUCUAAAUGUAGUGGGUGUAUAUUAACCUUUUUUUUUCUUUUUUCUUAAACUUGACAAUGAAGAGGCCGCUCCAGAGAUUUAUUUGAACAUUAGGCUCAAGUGGGAGACCAAGGUCCUCGUGACUGACCUCGCUAUGAGCUCAUAGAAUUGAUCAGUGAUGUUGUAAAAAGAGUAUAACAGUAUGUAUAGUUUUGUAACCUGCUUCAUCCUUGUGUCAUUGCGAAAAGUAUUUAUCCAUCAGCACUGUGGGAGAGUGGAAAAGAAGCCCGAGAUGAAAGGAUAUUUUUAAAGCAGAAUUUUGCAUAUGAAGAUAUUUAUUAUUGGUUUACACACGUGCCUGAGUGGAGUGUGAAUGCUCCCCAGAAGACAGGUCUUGGGUUCUGCUGCGAUUGCACCGCCGUACGAAGGAGUUCCUGUAUGAAACUGCAGAUUUUAAAACUCAUAUGAUUCACCAGAACAGAAGUAUUUGGUAGUUAAGUGCUGCGCCCCCUGAGAUGCCGAGUGUUCCCGUGAGCGUCUAUUUCUUUUGAAACAAAAGUUCACCCUUGAUCGAAGGUGUUAGCUGAGAUCUAUUCUCAGGUUGGUUGAUGUUUUUUUUGGAUGGUACUGUGUACCAGGUGUUGUAAUGCUAAUGUGGUUCCAACCUCCAACUUCUGUCUGUGCCUCAUCAGUCGUCUUCCCCCGCUUCUCAUCAUCCGGCGACAGCGUGGCAGUGCAUGAAAUGUUUGAACGCUCCCUCGACGAGAUGACCUGUGUAUUGUAGGCAACAGUGAUGUCAUCCAGCUGCUGGUGGUUGAGCUUGUCAGAUGAAAACUGUCCUGAUACUAGUAAGUUCAUAGGAUGUGGCCAAAUAAAAACCAUGAAACCCUUCAAUCGUUUGUU